AUGCCGGAAAAAAGGCAAGCUACGCUGGGGAAGUUCUUUGGUUCCGGAGCAGGUUCAUCUUCGAAAGAGGCCCCGAAGAGGCAGACAACAUUGUUCUUUUCUGAUGGAAAUAAAAGGAAGGGCGAGAAGAAAACUGAGAAGGGAAGUGGCGCAGUCAAAGAAGAUGCCAUCAGCCCAGACAUAAAGGAGAAUGGGACGAGCGAAGUGAAGGACGACGAUGUCCAGGCAGCUGUUGCCUUAGAUGGUGAAGACUCGAAUUCCCUCUCCAAACGAUUGAAGAGAGAGAAAAGUGUUGAAGAUGAAGACAGCGACGAGUCUGAUAUUCAGCCAGUCAGUAAGAGGCGAAGAAAAGGCCCGAAACAGGGUACGAGCAGUGCUCGGAAGACUCUAGCAGAGACUUCAAGUGACCCUCUUUCGGAUAAGGAAACGGGGUCUGAACCUCUCACUACGCAGACGGCUGUGAAGAAAGCGUCUGGGGAAGAGACUCCAGUCGAAGAAGAUGAAGAAGAGGAGCCAGAGGAGGAACAGUCAGCAAGCGAGGACGAAGAAGAAAAGCCGGAAUUGAAAAAGAAGCAAAUUGAAAAGGUUCAGGCGACUCUCAAGGGUAGUGGCAAGGAACCGUACCCGGACUGGAAGCCUGGCGAGCCGGUUCCCUACGCAGCGCUCUGUACAACCUUCUCUCUGAUUGAGAUGACUACAAAGCGUCUCGCCAUUCUUGCUCACACUUCCCUAUUCCUCCGUCAAGUCCUCCGGCUAACCCCAGGCGAUCUUCUGCCAACAGUGCAAUUAAUGAUAAAUAAGCUGGCCUCGGAUUAUGCCGGUAUCGAAUUGGGGAUCGGAGAGUCACUGAUCAUGAAGGCCAUUGGUGAGAGUACUGGUCGAAGUCUGUCCGUGAUCAAAGCGGACCAGCAUGAGAUUGGUGACCUGGGUUUGGUUGCUGCGAAGAGCAGAUCCAAUCAGCCUACUAUGUUCAAACCAAAACCGUUGACUCUCCUGUCAGCGGCCGAUGCGGCUACGGCUGGCAAGGGUAGCAAAGGUGUCGAUAUCACGAAGAACAAAGGCGGUGCUAGCGAAGCCAAAUUUAUUGUCAGGUUUCUCGAAGGGAAACUGAGACUUGGUUUGGCCGAAAAAACGGUUCUUGUUGCCCUUGCGCAAGCAAUGGUCACACACGAAGCUGCGCUUAAGGGGAGAGAGCCCAGCGCAGAGGAGUUGGCUGAAGGCGAAGCUAUACUCAAGACUGUCUUUAGCGAACUCCCAUCAUACGAAGUGAUCAUUCCUGCUAUGCUCGAACAUGGAAUCUUCAAGCUCCGUGAGGUCUGCAAGCUGCAGCCUGGCGUCCCGAUCAAGCCUAUGCUUGCCAAACCGACAAAAUCGAUCACUGAAGUCCUCGACCGUUUUGAAGGCAAAGAUUUUACGUGUGAGUACAAAUAUGACGGCGAGAGAGCUCAGAUCCAUUAUGUCGCACCGGAUUCUAUCCAUCAAUAUCCAAGCGCCACUACAACCCUGAAGAAAGACGGUAAAGGGUUGUGCUCUAUCUUCUCGCGCAAUUCCGAGGAUUUAUCCAAGAAAUACCCCGAUAUUCUUGAGAAGCUCGAAACCUGGAUUAAACCGGGUGUUCACAGCUUCGUCCUUGACUGCGAGACUGUCGCUUGGGAUGUAGUCAACAAGAAGGUCCUUCCGUUCCAACAAUUGAUGACCCGGAAGCGAAAAGAUGUCAAAGCGGAAGAUGUCAAGGUCAAGGUCUGCGUAUUUGCGUUUGACCUCCUGUUCUUAAAUGGAGAGCCAACUGUCAGGAAGACUUUGCGGGAACGUCGUCGGCUCCUCCACGAGUCAUUUCAACCUGUGGAGGGCGAAUUUGCAUUCGCUCAAUACGGGAAUACAAAUGACUUGGAGGAAAUCCAGAACCUGCUGGAAGAGAGUGUCAAGGCUUCCUGCGAGGGCCUGAUGGUGAAGAUGUUGGACACGGAAGAAAGUGGCUACGAGCCUAGCAAGCGAAGUCGGAAUUGGCUGAAGGUCAAAAAGGAUUAUCUCGCUGGUCUUGGCGACUCUCUCGACCUAGUCGUGGUCGGCGCCUAUUACGGCCGUGGAAAACGCACGUCGGUGUACGGAGCGUUCCUGCUGGCGGCAUACAAUACAAGCUUUUCGGACUCCCUCCUGGAGGAGCUUCACAAAGAGCUCUCCCCACUGGUAAUAGACCGACCCAAGCCUUUCUACUCCCACUCCAACGUCCCCAAGGACCAGCCGGACGUGUGGUUCGAGCCCCGUCUUGUCUGGGAAGUCAAAGCCGCCGAUCUCACCCUCAGCCCGCGAUACAAAGCGGCCGCGGACGAGAUGCUGGGGACGACCGAUGGCAGCAAGGGCAUCUCGCUGCGGUUCCCGCGGUAUAUCAAGUCGCGGGAAGACAAGAAGCCCGAGCAGGCGACGACGACCCGCGCGGUGGCCGAGAUGUACCGCAAGCAGGAAAUCGUUGCCAAGGAGAACGCGAGCAAGGGUGGCGUGGAUGAUGAUUGGGAGUAUUGA